CUCUGGCCAAGAAAGUGCGCACAGCGCACACCAAGUCAAACAUGGCCGCAUGCUAGCUGCUAUUUUUCUUUAUUGUUUGCCAACGUAAUUUAAACGAUCGAGUAGUGGUGUUUGUCGCUAUCUGCGGGCAGAUUGAAGACGACGCCGUGCGUCGUGCCUAGCCAACGACGAGUGGUUCGUCCAGCUGCAGAUAAGUAACUCAUUAAAUUAGAAACGAGAUAAAUUAUGAUGCGUCAUCCGGAACAUCAUCAUCAUUACCAAAGAAAUAGACCACCACCACCACCACAAAGAAUGUUGGUGUCUGUCCCAGGUGGUCCACAUCCGGGUGUACUCGUCUCGGUGUCAUCCGCACCACCGAUGAUAAACACAAUCGCGCCGAUGCAGCCGCCUCCGCCGAAUCAGAAACCCGCCGCGCCGGUUUACUACGAACCGAUGGCGAUGGGUGUGAACGAGUCGGCGGACGUGCAGCAUCCGCAUCACCAGCAGCAGACGGCAGCUGAACAACCGUCACAGCUGCAGCAACUCACAGCAAAUACCACUACUUCGUCGCAAGUGCCCCACUUGGCAAACAUGAAAGAGAAGACGCCGAUGUGCUUGGUCAACGAGCUAGCGCGCUACAACAAGAUCCAACAUCAGUAUAAACUCACCGGUGAGCAGGGCCCCGCGCACAAGAAGGUCUUCACCGUCACACUCAAACUGGGCAACGAGGAAUACGAAGCGGAAGGUGCGAGUAUUAAGAAAGCACAGCAUUCCGCCGCCGCGCUGGCGUUGGAAAAGACACUCCUACGUCGCCCACCGCCAAAAACAGCGCGACAUAUUAAACCAGGAGGUGUGAGGGCUAAUGGCGCUGGUAUGGUCACACCAACAGUUGAGCUGAAUGCUCUGGCAAUGAAACGCGGUGAGAGAACUGUUUACAUUGUCGAGAAUGGUAAUGGACUUCCACAACAACCACAAGGAUAUGUUGUGCCAUAUUACAAUCGUCAUAAUAUGUACCCCCAAGGCCAGCCGAGGUAUAACUAUGAUGCGAGAAGACCUCCGCACGUGCGCGGACAGUUCCAAUAUGACAACCGAUACCAUGGUCAGUAUCAAAAGCCUGGUUUUCAACCCACCAAUGGUGAAGUCUGCACGGUGCGGUUAAAAGUCGGCGAGAGGGAAUACCCAGGCACCGGUGCGACCAUCCAAGCAGCUAGACACGACGCGGCCACGCGAGCCAUCGAAGAAAUUAAGAAGUUAAACGAUGAGGAAGAAGAUAAAACUACUCCGACUCUCAAUCUCGAUGAGAACGGCGAGGACGACAGCGAUAACAGCGCCCUCAACGACCUGAACUCCGAACUGAAGUCGCCGAUUUCUCUUGUGCAUGAAAUUGCACUUAAAAGACACCUGAAUGUUGUGUUUGAGGUGAAGAGCGAAAACGGCCCGCCACACAUGAAAGUUUUUGUUACCCUGUGUAAAAUUGCUGAUGUUACUGUGGAGGGUGAAGGCCACGGGAAGAAAAUCUCGAAGAAACGCGCAGCUGAGAAGAUGCUGCAGAAGUUGUCAGCAUUGCCACCUUUACCUCCGACGCCAAACACUACUCAACUGAAGCGGAAGAGAAUAGCAAAUAAGAAAAAGACACGAAACUUGGUUAAAGUCAACGCGGACAAACCAAAUGAAACGGCAGAGGAAAUAAAUCCCAUUUCGAGAUUAAUACAGAUACAACAAGCUAACAAAGAAAAAGAGCCUGUUUAUACUGUUGUGGAGGAACGUGGAGCUGCACGUAGACGAGAGUUUGUUAUCCAAGCGUCUGUUAAUGGUGUGUCAGCAAAUGGCGUUGGGCCGAAUAAGAAACUUGCAAAGCGGGCUGCAGCACAAGCAUUGCUGACACUACUAGGGUAUGCAACUUCUUCUACACCUACUGCUACUACGGUAGUAUCUCCCAAAGUCGAAAAAACUGAACUUGCGAAUAAUUCGAAUGAGAAAACGAGAAAAGUGACGUUCCUUGAGGAGAAACCCGAACCUGUUGGGGGCAGUGGUGGACGGCAGCUAGUUCCAGGGUUGUUGAUUGUUGGCGACCAAACCGCACAUACGAAACCUAAAGAAACCGCACCACCAGCAGCAACGACGACGUUCACGAAUGAAACUUCGCCGAAACCCAAAGUAACCCCGCAGAAAAUUACACCGCCGCCAGCGGGCGGCGUGCGCUCCAAGGAUAAACUCAUGUAUCUGGUGCAGCUGAUGAAUAUUCAAGCACAAUUCUCAGACUUUCCCAAAGCCAACCACGAAAUGUAUUUGACUUUAGUCUCGUUGAGUACAAAUCCUCCUCAGGUUUGUCAUGGAGAAGGAGCAACGAUUGAAGCGUCGCAUGAAAAGGCAGCGCUGGAGGCCCUCAACGUGCUCUCAGAGAUGGGACUGGACAACAUCGUGCCGAGCAAAGAGAGCGCGGAGGCGUAAGCCAUAACUUUCUGCUUAUCUGCAAGAGAAAAACAAACGGUGAUCUAAUUUAUUUUUUACAUAGGCGUUGUUCCUGAUUUAUUAACAAUAUUUAUGUUUGUAUUAUGCGCGUUUCGAAAACGCCUUAUUUAUUUAUUGCGUAGUUAAAGAGUUAAGCCGGAAACUAGCGAGAUUUUGAUUCAGGGUGAGGAUCUCAGGUGUGCUCUAAACGAAAACCAACUCACACACACACUAAAUUUCUAAGUUGCGUGUGUCAAAUGUUUCGGCGGCCAUCUUGUUUCUUAGUGAUGAGAAAGGAAAUCUUUGCGUGACUCAGGAAAGCACAAGUUUAUUGGUCGUGCUUUCCUGAAAUACUCAACAAGUAACAUGAAGAAAAUAAACGUUCUCGAUGUCUCGUAUUUCCGCGUGCGCUCUUCCAGGGCAGAGAGCGCACCGCGGGACAAAACCACCACACACUCACACACACACAUUUCCAAAACUGAUAACAGUAGUUCAGAAUUGAUAACUUAAUAUGUAUAGGGUGUUUCAACAAUGAUGAAAACAACCCCGACGACACGACGACGUAUUUAUCUAAUAAUAUCUGUUGUAGGGGAUACGAAGAUUAAUUGAAGCUUGUAUUAAUUAAACUUAAAGUAACUAGAUGUAUAAUGAUUAAAUUCCCUACAACCGACAUGAAGGAAUUUAAACAUGGGGCUGUUUAUAUACCUAGAUGAUGAAGAAAACACAGUUAUUGAGACGCCACUAAUGCGCUUUUAUGUAUUGAGACAUCCUGUAUAUGUAUAUGUGUAUGCAACCAGCGACGCGAACCGAGCGCAAUCCGCGCCACCAUGUUUGAUUCCGUUGGGUUUCGCGUCGCGCAGAUUGUUCAUUUCUAUUAUUUAUAUUCGGUAUGUACCAAUUGUGCACCGGCGCGCUGUAUACGCCGCUGCGGUAAUAUUGGUAUAUUAUAUGUAACCACUGAUGAAGGCGAAAGAGAAGAUGAUGAAAAAAAAAAACGUUAAGUAGAUGUGUGCGCAAUUCUGACCUGCUGGAUGUAAUUGAUUUCAGUAUUCAUAGGCGUUACAUUAACAUUUGAAUUUUCAUUUCAUUGUGCGUUUUGUAAAACAUUUUUGUAUCGUACACACACUUUGCGCGCUGCUGAUGCGAAUCCGCAUGCGCCGAUUACAAUAACUUGUUGUUAUUGUAUACUGCGAUGGACGUACGUGUUUUUUUUUUGUAUUUAAGCCGGCUGGCGAUUUUAUAUCUUUGGAUUUUUUACGUUGAUUCAUCGUUUCUUUGCGUUUAUUACUUGCAUUAUGUGUUUGUUUUACUAUUAUCAUGUUUUGUUUCAUUCUUUGAUUGUAUUUGCCUCGAUUGAAAUUGAAAUCAAUAAACAAUGUCACAAAUAAUAA